UCACGUGCAGCGUGGAACCAUACCUUGUUUCAUUCCAAGAUGGCGCACAUGAAUGCUUUGCUGUGCUUCGUGAUUUUUUUGUACAUUUUCAAUGACGUCAUUGGGGUUGCACUCAAGAGACCAAGAGCGGAGUCUUCCCGGCGGCGAACUAGCUGCGGCAGAAAGUCUGAAAGAAAAAUUGUGGAUGGAGACACACUUAUUUCAAAUAAAUAUCCUUGGAUCGUUCGCAUCUCGGCUUAUUACCGACCGAUUCAAGGUUUCCAAAAGAACAGUUCCACAGCGUGUUCCGUCGUCAAAACGAGCCAGGGCAAGCUAAAGAGUGCUCGGUACGUGGCUAAAGAUCUUCAAACUGUGAUGUCACUCUGCGGCGGAUCUCUGAUAACACCGCGACAUGUGCUCACAGCUGGACACUGCCUGCUUCCAGAGGAGUUCUACCCACGCUACGUGGUGCACUACGGAUCUGCGAGCGCCGCGAAACAAUCGACGGCAUUUGUAUCUCAUGUUUACAAGCAUCCCAACUGCCACCUAGUGAACCAGGACAGAGCAGUGGACGAUGUUGCGGUCAUGGUCCUCCGAGCGCCGGUGCCCUUGUCACCAGUAUGCCUGCCACGUGCUGGGGCUCCACUGCCUUCGGAAGUCACUGUAGCUGGGUGGGGAAACACUAUUCCAAGCAUCGAUAGCCUACAGCUGCCUGAGCUUUUGAAAGAAGCCCAUAUGCAAGUCAUACCGAAGGAGAAAUGCCAGGAGGAGCAUUCUUAUGCAAACCUUCAACAUCAGAUCUGCGCUGAACCGUCUUCAGGAUUCCCUGGCGUAGGAGACUCUGGAGGACCUCUUAUGACUCAAGAAGGAAACGGAGGAUGGACAGUCGUCGGCGUCGUGUCCUGGGGAAACGAGACCCGUUUCAGGACGUCACCCUUCGUUUUUUCCGAUGUCACUUCCCUUCUGACGUGGAUUCAGGACAUUGUCUCUCUACCUGUUUGAUUAAAUCACUCUUCGUUUCUCUGUUCCA